CACGGAUCACAUCUUGAUGCGAGAUCAGUGCCUCGUGAAAGACCGAGGAAAUCACGCGCGCGCGAGAGAAAGAACGUCGUUUUUUCUCAUCUCGCGCGAUAUCAGUUUUUGGCGCGAAUCUCCGCAAGAACGGCAUAUCUCGACACGUGGUUGGGCGCGUGUGUAAUUUUGUGAAAUGACGCUUUUUGCUUGGAUCCUUUAUUUCUUUGUAAUCGGUUUGGCUCAUGCCAAGACAAAUCGUCACUUUCAAAGCUACCCGACGACAGUGCAAACUUUUGAGAACGACACGGUUUUGCUCCCCUGCUACGUGGAGAAUCAGAGCGCGCAAACCAAAGUGGAGUGGUGGCGAGACUCGAAUCUCUUGGCCGAUAGCGGAGACCCGGGGGUGCAGUCACCCGAAAGAAUCACCCUGUACAGCAACGGGAGUUUGCGGGUCCUUCACGUGCAGCGGGAGGACAGCGGCGAAUAUGUAUGCCAGGCGACUCGACCUCCUCCCUGGGGAAGCGUUACGCAAGUACACGAGAUCGAAGUGAUGUAUCCGCCGUCGGUGGAGACUGUGCCGGCGUCCGGUGAAUUAGAGGUCAAUUUGGGAGAGCAGGUCGAGAUGCAAUGCCUGGUGAAAGGUGUACCGGAUCCUAUUAUAAGCUGGAGGACCAAGGACAAAGAACUCCCGUUAUUGGAGAAUAGACCGCAAUUGAGACUUCAUGCUGACGAUCGACAUCUUGCCGGCAGGUACACUUGCGUCGCCUCUAAUAAAGUCGGUGAUCCUGCCGAGGCGCAUAUAGAUUUGCGUAUCAGAUACAAGCCGGAGAUCUACGUGAGGAAGCCGUGGGUGCACGCCCAUCCGGAGGUGCCGGUACAAUUGACUUGCACUGUGACCGCCUGGCCCGAGGCGGAGGUAGAGUGGUACUUCAAAAACGAGACGGUGAAAAUUAACGCGAGGAAACACAGAAAGGGGGAUGAUCACACUCUGCUGUUGAGAGACGUGAAACCGACGAAUUACGGUUCUUACGUCUGCAGAGCAUCGAACACAAUGGGCGUCACCGAGAAGAGCGUCGAGGUGUCCGGGAUCGCGAAUCCGGCUGUGUUCAAGAAGGAAUCGCGUAACUCGUCCGCCACGUCGUACUACUUCAUCUGGGAAGUCGAUAGUUACAGUCCCAUCAUCGAGUACCAAUUCUGGUUUCGCAAAUACAGGAAAGGUGGCAGUGGCGACUGGCACAAAUUAUACAUACCCAGCGGCAGCGACGCCAGAAGUCCUGUGCACGUCCGAUCCUUCAAUCUGACAGGCCUGAAUCCGGCGACCCACUACGAGGCGGUCGUUCUGUCCAGAAAUCGUUACGGGUGGGGCUAUCCCUCGGAAAUAUUGCGCUUUCACACAGACGGAGCUCCAGCUCUCGAUUCCGGUGAAAAUCUCGAGACGGACGUCGAUCAGGAACAGAACAACGUAGCAGUUAUCGCGGUAUCCAUGUCGCAGCAAUAUCCCUUGGCAUCGGGCGCGAACGAGUCAACGUGUCGAGCAGACGUUUUGAUGUUGUCGAUGCUGAGUACACUGGUUUGUGUUUACAGUUUCAAUUACAAGACAUUCGGUAACAGAUUUUAAGCAAUAUGUUGUACAAGAGAUAAGAAAAGAAUAUAAAUUAAACGGAAUCCGUGUUGUUGUAAUUUUUAUGAAUGAAAAAAAAACGACGACAAGCAAUUUUGUCGACAUAAUUGAAAAACUUUCAAUUACGUCUCCUAUCGAAAUAAUGGUUGUGAAAAAAAGUGUGUUAUCGAAAUAAUCGUUUUGUCUUUCGUAAUUUAUAAAUUUUUUUUUUUUUAUUUUAUUUUUAUUUAUUUUACCACACCUGAGUGCAGUCGCUCGGGUCUUGGUUCAUGCGAAAUGAUUCAUGAAAUGUGCUAAUAUCGGGAAUAUAAUACAGGCUUUACUGAUACAGGACAUAGUAAGGAGAUCAUAAUUAGAUAAAUUUAAUUUAAAUGUAAAUUUUUUACAGCCUGUAAGAAAAGUGUAAUAAUAAUAAUAAUAAUAAUAAUAUUAAUAAUAAUAAUAAUAAUAAUAAUUCCAUUCUUCCUGCUUUGACUGGUUGUAAACUGUUUUGUAUUCUUAUACAAUUAUCUCUUAUUAUAUAUAAUUAGUAUAUAAUAUUAUAUAAUAUUAUAUCAGACAUUCACACACAACGUUCGCGGUAUGAAAAGGGAUAUUUGCCCGUCGCUGUUUUUAUCCGUUCUGCGUGUUUUUUUUUUUGUUUUUUUUUCAUUCUUGUUCACUUUUAUUUAAUAAUGCUUAUGCUCUUCUGAUGACUAACAUAUGUAGCGCAAAAUAUUUGAUAAAUCGGUCUCGUUUAAAAGUGAAAAAUGUAUGUAAAAA